UGUCCUUCCCACACAAUGGCUGAGCUCCACUGGCCCAGAGCCUGUGAACACUGAAUGGUCUUUCUGAUUCAAUUAAUUCAGCAGAAUUACACCAGCCCAUUACACCCCCCCCGCUUCAUCCCAUGGAAGCCUAGGAUUCCUUGUUUCACCAAGACCCAUAGAGUAUCAUCUUCCUUCAUUGGAGCUUACGGCACAACACACUUGCUGAGAGGGGCCCUUUCAGACACCAAAACACUUCUCAGGAAAAGCAGCAACAUUUUGCAAGGCUCAAGAAUUUCCAGUUCAUCAGUGGCUAGCCAAGAAGGAGCACCUCUUCUACUGCUAUGAAAGGAAAACUCUAAACCCUACGACUGUACCAUUAACUAUUGUCCUCUACAAGAUCUGAAAAACAUGAAGGCUGUAGCUCUCUUCAUUUGUCUUGUAGGAUCAGCUUUUGCUAUUCCAACCCAUGCCGUACACCACAAGCUCAAAAAUCAUGGACAGAAAACUCCAGAAAAGACUGAAGAUUUUCAUCCUGAAGCCUCAAAGGAAGAGAACACAGGAUAUGUAGACAAGGGUGAUUCGCUGCCCAGUCACAGAAACUUAAAACCAGUGGUUUCAGUACCAGGCAUCGAGCACAGGGAUGAGCCCCAGAACAUUAGGAAACACGGAAGAACUGAUAGUGAGCAUCAAGGGAAAAAUAGCCUAAAAAGCAUCAAUUUCCUUGCACUGCACAAUAAACUAAGUUUGGCUUCUGAUAAUCAGGACAGUGACUCUGGGAGCAGCGGCAGAGAACAGCCCAGCUCUGAGCACUACCAGCUCAGCAGGCAUGAGAAACACGGCAAUACAGCCAACCAACACCUUACAGGCAAUGCCAAACACCCAGCGGGCGCUCUCAGUCUUGAUCGUGAGCAUAACACGUGGAAAUACAACAAAAAUACAGUUGGCCUGCCUGAAAAAAGCAGUGAAAGCGAUGAAGAAGAAAGCAUGGAAGAAGAAGAAGAAGAAGACGAGGAAUGGGGUGAAGAAACUGAUUACAGAGAUAUGAAGCACGAAGGCCACCAGAGAAACCAAGGUGACCGAUACAAAAGACAGCAGAAUGGAAACAGUAUGCAGUCUGAUGAAGUCCUGAGAGACUCCAGCCGACCAACCCGGAUAAGCAAGAGACAUGGUGAGAAAUUUGACCUAGAGGAAGAAUUGAGGGAGAAUGGCCAAAACAAGCCCUAUAAAGAAGAAAUCCCCCUCUCUCAAAAAAACCAUGACGAAGAUCAGGAUGACAAACUGGAAAGUCAGGAGAGAAAAAACAAUAUUCAAGUAAACUAUCAGAGUGAUCAUGACACAGUGGUGAAAAUACAAGAUACAGAGGACAGUAAUGAUGACGAGGGUCAUGACAGUGGUGAUAUUGAUCGUGAGGAAUAUCCCAGCAAUACCUGGAAAGAAGCAGCCUAUGAGGAAGAGGAGAGAAUCCAGAGUAAUGACCAGGAGAGUACCAGUACUGAGCAUGAAGGGGAAGGAACCACUGAAGAUGAUGCUGCUGUUCACAGAGAGACUGAGGAUUACCAAAAUUUCAAGAUUAAAGAACUUAUUCACUCUGAACCACAUGAUUAUGAUCAUGAGCCACCUAAUUCUGACAGCAAGCAACAACUGAAAAUGAGUAGCUCUGUUGAGAUCGUGAAUUCAAUGGAAAGUGAAAAUAAGGUUAAGACUCCGGGCAGUUCCUCUGGUGAGAUGAAAAGUGUCAGCAACAGGACUGAGAAGGCUCUCCUGGACCCAUGUCGGAACUUCCACUGCAAAAGAGGUAAAGUCUGCCACGAGGACAAACAAGGGAACCCCCACUGUAUUUGCCAAGAUCCUGCUGCUUGCCCUUCCACCAAAGACUAUGAGCAUGUUUGUGGUACAGACAACAAGACUUAUGAUGGCACGUGUCAACUCUUUGGCACCAAAUGUCAACUGGAAGGCACAAAAAUGGGACGCCAGCUGCACCUAGACUAUAUGGGCUCCUGCAAAUACAUCCCCCCCUGUACUGAUUAUGAAGUGGAUCAGUUUCCCCUCCGGAUGCGAGACUGGCUCAAAAACAUCCUUAUGCAAUACUAUGAACGUGAUCUGAACACUUCUGGAAUUCUAACUGAAAAGCAGAGGAAUAAGGUAAAAAAAAUCUACCAGAAUGACAAGCGCCUUGUGGCUGGCAACCACACAGUUGAGCUGCUCCUGCAUGACUUUGAGAAAAAUUAUCACAUGUAUGUGUAUCCUGUGCACUGGCAGUUUCAUCAGCUUGAUCAGCACCCUGUUGACAGAGUAUUAACACACUCAGAGCUCGCACCUUUGAGAGCCUCCCUGGUUCCCAUGGAACACUGCAUAACCCGUUUCUUCCAGGAGUGCGAUGGAGACCAAGACAAACACAUUGCAUUGAAGGAAUGGUGCCACUGCUUUGGGAUUAAAGAAGAAGACAUAAAUGAAAAUCUCCUUUUCUGAGCCUGGCUGAACAGAUUCCCAGUGCUGCACUAAAACUGGUGAAAUACGUGAACCCUGUCUAUUUCUGUUAUUAACAGCUUCAUAGCUUUCAAGACAAAGGUGGUGCAAGGUUCACUGCAUUCUUAUCAAAUAACACAAGUGCAGAAGAUUUCUACAUUCAUUAAUAGCAGAAAAAUUUAACUACUCCAACUGGCUCAUAGCUAAACAACCAGUGUUUGCCCCUACAUGUAUCCAUGAUCUCUCUGAACCAGUAAAUAGUACUAACCUAAAGACUGACCUGUUCACAAAACUCUUCAGUAGAAUUAUAGAAUUUAGAUUUUACCAUACACUGAAAUGGGACUUGUUUCCUUUAUUUACUGUAUUGUCAGCUUAACAUUCUGCAUAGAAGUCUCAAAUAAAAUGUCUACCUAGA